UGGAGGGUUGUUUUAUCCGCCCCCCCUCCACCUUUUUUUUUUCCCCCUCCUCCGGGUGUCUUAUUAAUUUCUCCGUGGGGCUGCAGCUGGAGACUGCGGAGCGUUGGAAAUGACGCUUGGAGCUUUAAUUACCGCAGCCGCCGGACAAGUGUGAGGAAAGCUGACAGGAAAAAGGACUGGAUAGGGGGAGAAGAAGCAAGAAGCUUCCCCUGCCCACUUCCCAAUUUGGACUGGAGGUGCUAGGAAACUAUAAAGGGAGCCGAUCAGAGCCCGGCCAGGGCGAGGGGCCGGAAACCUACCGCCCCUUUGCAACCAACUUUUUUUGGAAACCCUUUUCCCCCCCUUUCUUUUUAUUGUUGCCCGGCCAGUGAGAAAGAGAGAAAGUGAGCAGGGAAGGAGAGCGAGACAGAACGGUCACACAGUGAAAUAGCCGCACAGUCCGACCAGGAGCUCCAAGCUCACACACUCGAGCACCCUUUCACACGCGCACACACGCGCGCGCACUCACGCGCACAGUGUCCCCCUCCUCCGGUCCUGGGACUUGGUCCGGCGAUAGCGGACUCGGCGGCCCGCGCUCGGGGUAGGUGCACCGCUCGUGCGACGCGCCAGUCCCCCUCGCGCCCCCCACGCGCUCCUGGCUGACGGAUCUCUUCUGCGUGCCCGAAAGGGGAUAUGCCAUUUGGACAUGUAACUGUCAGCUCGGGAUCUGAGACUUCCAAAAAAUGAAGCUGGCUACAGGACUGUGCAUCUGGGUGAGCCUUCUGGUAGCGGCGGGGACCGUCCAGCCCAGCGCUUCUCAGUCAGUGUGUGCAGGAACAGAGAACAAGCUGAGCUCUCUCUCUGACCUGGAGCAGCAGUAUCGGGCCUUGCGCAAGUACUAUGAGAACUGCGAGGUGGUCAUGGGCAACCUGGAGAUAACCAGCAUCGAGCACAACCGGGAUCUCUCCUUUCUGCGGUCUAUUCGAGAAGUCACAGGCUACGUAUUAGUGGCUCUUAAUCAGUUUCGCUACCUGCCUCUGGAGAAUUUACGCAUUAUUCGUGGGACAAAACUUUACGAGGAUCGAUAUGCCCUGGCAAUAUUUUUAAACUACAGAAAAGAUGGCAACUUUGGACUUCAAGAACUUGGACUGAAGAACUUGACAGAAAUCCUAAAUGGUGGAGUCUAUGUAGACCAGAACAAAUUUCUUUGUUAUGCAGACACAAUUCAUUGGCAAGAUAUUGUUCGGAAUCCGUGGCCUUCCAACUUGACUCUGGUGUCAACAAACGGUAGCUCAGGAUGUGGACGUUGCCAUAAGUCCUGCACUGGCCGAUGCUGGGGACCCACAGAAAGUCAUUGCCAGACAUUGACAAGGACGGUGUGUGCAGAACAAUGUGAUGGCAGGUGCUACGGGCCCUAUGUCAGUGACUGUUGCCAUCGAGAGUGUGCAGGAGGCUGCUCCGGACCUAAGGACACGGACUGCUUUGCCUGCAUGAAUUUCAAUGACAGUGGGGCUUGUGUUACUCAGUGUCCCCAAACUUUCGUCUACAAUCCAACGACCUUCCAGCUGGAACAUAACUUCAAUGCAAAGUACACGUAUGGAGCAUUUUGUGUGAAGAAAUGCCCACAUAACUUUGUGGUCGAUUCCAGUUCUUGUGUGCGUGCCUGCCCCAGUUCCAAGAUGGAAGUAGAAGAGAAUGGGAUUAAAAUGUGUAAGCCUUGCACUGAUAUUUGCCCAAAAGCAUGUGACGGCAUUGGCACGGGAUCACUGGUGUCGGCUCAGACUGUGGAUUCCAGUAACAUCGACAGAUUCAUAAACUGCACCAAAAUCAAUGGGAAUUUGAUCUUUCUUGUCACUGGUAUUCAUGGGGACCCUUACAAUGCAAUCGAAGCUAUAGACCCAGAGAAACUGAAUGUCUUUCGGACAGUGCGAGAGAUAACAGGUUUUUUGAACAUACAAUCAUGGCCCCCAAACAUGACGGACUUCAGUGUUUUCUCUAACCUGGUGACCAUUGGCGGAAGGGUGCUUUAUAGUGGCCUCUCCUUACUUAUCCUCAAGCAACAAGGCAUCACUUCACUGCAGUUCCAGUCCCUGAAAGAAAUCAGUGCAGGAAACAUCUACAUCACUGACAACAGUAACCUGUGUUACUAUCAUACCAUCAACUGGACGACGCUCUUCAGCACUGUCAACCAAAGAAUAGUGAUCAGGGACAACAGGAAAGCUGAAAACUGUACUGCUGAAGGAAUGGUGUGCAACCAUCUGUGUUCAAACGAUGGCUGUUGGGGACCUGGGCCAGACCAGUGCCUGUCCUGCCGUCGCUUCAGCAGGGGCAGGAGCUGCAUAGAGUCUUGUAAUCUCUAUGAUGGCGAGUUUCGGGAGUUUGCGAAUGGCUCCAUCUGUGUGGAGUGUGACCCCCAAUGUGAGAAGAUGGAAGACGGCAUCCCCACGUGCCAUGGACCGGGACCUGACAACUGUACAAAGUGCUCCCACUUUAAGGAUGGCCCCAACUGUGUGGAAAAAUGUCCAGACGGCUUACAGGGGGCAAACAGUUUCAUAUUCAAAUAUGCUGACCAGGAUCGGGAGUGCCACCCAUGCCAUCCGAACUGCACACAAGGGUGUAGCGGUCCCACUAGUCAUGACUGCAUUUACUACCCUUGGACGGGCCAUUCCACUUUACCACAACAUGCUAGAACCCCUCUAAUUGCGGCCGGAGUCAUCGGAGGACUCUUCAUCCUGGUCAUCGUGGGUCUGACAUUUGCAGUUUAUGUGAGAAGGAAGAGCAUCAAAAAGAAAAGAGCCUUGAGGAGAUUCCUAGAGACAGAGUUGGUAGAGCCCUUAACUCCCAGUGGGACAGCACCCAAUCAGGCUCAGCUUCGUAUUUUGAAAGAAACUGAGCUCAAACGAGUAAAAGUACUUGGCUCGGGUGCUUUUGGAACUGUGUAUAAAGGUAUUUGGGUCCCUGAAGGAGAAACAGUGAAGAUUCCUGUGGCCAUUAAGAUUCUUAAUGAAACAACUGGUCCCAAAGCCAAUGUGGAGUUCAUGGAUGAAGCUCUAAUCAUGGCAAGUAUGGACCAUCCGCACUUAGUCCGGCUAUUGGGUGUGUGCCUCAGCCCAACCAUUCAGCUGGUUACACAGCUCAUGCCUCACGGCUGCCUGUUGGAUUACGUCCAUGAACACAAGGACAACAUCGGAUCACAGCUGCUGCUUAACUGGUGCGUCCAGAUAGCUAAGGGAAUGAUGUAUCUGGAAGAAAGACGGCUUGUUCAUCGUGAUUUGGCAGCACGUAAUGUCUUAGUGAAAUCUCCAAACCAUGUGAAAAUCACAGAUUUUGGACUAGCUAGACUCUUGGAAGGAGAUGAAAAAGAGUAUAAUGCGGAUGGAGGAAAGAUGCCAAUUAAAUGGAUGGCCCUGGAGUGCAUACAUUAUAGGAAAUUCACCCAUCAGAGUGACGUUUGGAGCUAUGGAGUCACUAUAUGGGAACUGAUGACCUUUGGAGGGAAACCCUACGAUGGAAUUCCAACUCGAGAAAUCCCUGACUUACUGGAGAAAGGAGAACGUUUGCCUCAGCCUCCGAUCUGCACUAUUGACGUUUACAUGGUCAUGGUCAAAUGUUGGAUGAUUGAUGCGGACAGUAGACCUAAAUUUAAGGAACUGGCUGCUGAAUUCUCAAGGAUGGCUAGAGACCCUCAAAGAUAUUUAGUUAUUCAGGGUGAUGAUCGUAUGAAGCUUCCCAGUCCAAACGACAGCAAGUUCUUUCAGAAUCUCUUGGAUGAAGAGGAUUUAGAAGAUAUGAUGGAUGCUGAGGAGUAUCUGGUCCCUCAAGCUUUCAACAUCCCACCUCCCAUCUAUACUUCCAGAGCAAGAAUUGACUCAAACAGGAGUGAAAUUGGACACAGCCCUCCUCCUGCCUACACCCCCAUGUCAGGAAACCAGUUUGUGUACCGAGAUGGGGGCUUCGCUGCAGAACAGGGAAUGCCUGCGCCCUACAGAGCCCCGACCAGCACCAUCCCAGAAGCUCCCGUCGCUCAGGGGGCUACUGCUGAGAUUUUUGAUGAUGCCUGUUGCAAUGGCACCCUACGCAAGCCAGUGACACCCCAUGUCCAAGAGGACAGCAGCACCCAGAGGUACAGUGCUGACCCCACAGUGUUCGCCUCAGAGCGGAGCCCACGAGGAGAACUGGAUGAAGAAGGUUACAUGACCCCAAUGCGAGACAAACCCAAACAAGAAUAUUUGAACCCUGUAGAGGAGAACCCUUUUGUUUCUCGGAGAAAAAACGGAGACCUUCAAGCUUUGGAUAAUCCCGAAUAUCACAAUGCUUCCACCGGUCCACCCAAGGCAGAGGAUGAGUAUGUGAAUGAGCCACUGUAUCUCAACACUUUUGCCAACGCCUUGGGGAAGGCCGAGUACCUGAAGAACAACGUACUGUCUGUGCCGGAGAAGGCCAAGAAAGCGUUCGACAACCCUGACUACUGGAACCACAGCCUGCCACCUCGGAGCACUCUGCAGCACCCAGACUACCUGCAGGAGUACAGCACAAAAUAUUUGUAUAAACAAAACGGACGGAUCCGGCCUAUUGUGGCAGAGAAUCCCGAAUACCUCUCUGAGUUCUCGCUGAAGCCAGGCACCGUGCUGCCUCCUCCGCCCUACAGACACCGGAAUACUGUGGUGUAAACUCAGCAGUGGUUUUAAGGUGGAAAGACGUGCCCGCUCCAAUUUCCCUGCCACCUCUCUUUCUCUUACGGUCUUCCUUCUACUCCCAAGGCCAGUCGUUUUGAAACUUCCCAGGGGAAGACAUAGAGAUGCAAUGAUAGUUAUGUGUUUAUCUAACUUGAACAUUAGAAGGAAAGACUGAAAGAGAAAGACAGGAAAAACCACACUGUUUCUUCAUUUCUCUACAUGUGUUGGUCAGGAGACAGGAAGAGCUAGAGAAGGACCAGCAAAUAGAAAGCACUACUACCUGAUGUCAAACCAGUUCUUAACUUUUUCCUUUUUUUAAUUUCUCUUUUAUUUUUUAAUGCAGAAUCUUGAAAGACCCAUGCUAUCUGUUCCUAUCUACAGGAACUGUAUAUUUUCAGCAUCCCUGGAAGUCCUACUAAGCUUUCCAUUAGAAUAAAUACAAAGAUAACUUUUUCUAUAACAUGAUAGUAACUGAGAUUGAGAAUCCAAUUACUGUCUCCAAUAAUUUCUAGCCCAACAAGUGAAGAAUAGCUAACUCAGCUUCCAUAAUUUUUGAAUCUACAUCAAAGUUAUAACGACUAUGUUUGGAGGUUUUUCAUGAUCUCUCUCUCUCUCUCUUUCCCCCUCCUCCUCUCUUUCCCCCUUUGGUCUAUUUCUUCAUUAUUUUCUCCCCCAGUUUGGUCUCUAAUUUUUAAUGGCAAAGAAUUUUUACGUCAAAGCUUCUUAUGUGUUGCUGUACAUUGACAGAAUUUUAAAAAGAAAGAUGUUAUAGCGAAACGGCCACUAUUUUAAAAUGCAGUCUUAAAAUGAGAAAGGGAGGCCAAGAUUUUAGUCAAAUGGAGCACCAAAUCUAAUGUUUCUGUUUUACACGAUUGGACAUGCACUGCCCCCUUCCUUUACGUCAUUCAAUGUUUUCUUCUCCUCCAUAACUGAUAGUACUUGAUAGGCAAUUGGUAGUGUUAAGCUAGAAGGAAAAUUAAGAGACAGUUUUGUGUGGUUCAUGAAAACUACUGAUAUUUUCAGGAGUGACCCAGUGGGAAAUCAACCCAUUGAACUGGAAGAAACACACUGGAUUGGGUAUGUCUACCUGGAAGAUACUCAGAAAUGUGGUUUGCACUUAAACUAUAAUUUUAUUUGUUCUCUUUCUAGACUCCAUUUUGGAUUUUGAAUGAAGCAAUAUGGAAGCAACCAGCAAAAUAAAUAAUUUAAAUACAUUUUUUUAAAAAGUGCUAAGAUAAAGAAGGACUGUGGAAAUAACCAAACCAAACAAAUUAGGACUUUGGAACAGUAUCUGGGGAUUAUGGUGAGAGGGCCAGUACUUUAUGUACAUGUGAUAUCACAUUUGCUACACAAGGGAAGUUGUCCGUUUGUAUACUACAUAUUAAGGAAUGCAAGUAAGGAUUGGCUUGAAUUCCUUGUAAUUUCUAGUAUGAGACUCUAUUUAUGUUAAGGGGAAGGUAACUAUUUGCACACAGAUUAGUAAAAUAAAAAUAAGUAACCAUUCAGAGCUUACAGAUAGGUCCUUGGAUCAAAAGUUGUAAAUAAACAUGAAAAUCCUCUCAUGUAAUUAUUUUAAUAUCCAACAUACUGAUAAUCUUUUGAUACUUUAUAUAAUAACUCUUUUUCUUCAAACACAGCAUCCUAGUUCUAGAACCAUCUUUAUUAAGUAUCAUUUUAAGUCAAUAACUGCUGAGUUAAUAUGAGCAAUAGGAACAAAUGGUAGGAAUGUCUCCAGGAAAAGACAACCUCAGGUCAGUAAUUAGGAAAAUUGUAUAGAAGUCUCUCUUUUCUAGAAAAAUCUGCCCCAAGUCAUUUGGAUUUUUAAAACAUAUUUUUUCUAGCAUUAACAUAUUGGAAUCAAAUUUGAGUCUGGCACAUAAAAGAAAUUUUUAGUCUUAAAAAUCCAGAAUGACAAAAUAGUUUAGAGGGGAAAAUGCAAAGGAAUCAAUACUACUACUUAGUUUGAAAAAGUAAAUUCAUCCAAACCUUCAACUUAUUUUUUUCAACUGCUAUUUAUUUAGAGUUUACUAAAAGCACUGUGUUAUGUGGGGAAAUCACAGAUAAAUGUAAUGUUAUUCCUAACUUAAAAAGUUUAGUCUAGAUUUAUUUGGAGUGACUCUUGAAUUUCGUCAUAAGUUUAAAGAGUAAGAUUGCAUGAGCUUUUUGUGAGUCGUCAUCAUAAAAUUAGCUGUUCAUUGAAAGGACUCCAGUGAACUCACUUGGGACAUGAAUGGAAGAUCCUACAAGUUACUGAAGCUGACAAGUAAGACGGUUUCAAUGUUAUCAUCUAAGCACAAAUAUGUCGAGAAGGGUACUGCAUCACUGGCUUACCGCCUGUCCAAAUUCUAACUUGACCAUUAAAUCAGUAGUUUACGUCGGUCUUUGGCCAAGAACAUUGGAGGCCUUGGGAUUGCUUUUGUCCUGAGCUAUGAGAAGUGAAGUAAGCUAAAACAGUGAGAAAAAGCAAGGGUGUUUGUGAGAUCCUUUCUAGUAAAGUUCUACCAUAAAUUUCCUGAGAAUAAUUCAGGGGCUACAGUCUAACCUCUCUCACCUAUUCUGAGGUUACAGCUCAGACCUCUCUCAUCUAUUCUGAGGGGUCUCCAGGAAAAAGGGGACCUUGCAUCAGUACUAAUGAAAAUGUAGAUACGAGCCUCUUCACCUGGAUAAAUCUGUACCAGCUCAGCAUUGAUUGCACCCUUGUUGGAUACUGGAACUUGACUCUUUUUCUUCUGAUUUACAAUAUUCAAAUGUUUUUAUUGGGAAAUGGAAAGCACAAUCAUUUAUUUUGAAGAAGGAAGGAAAAAUAACAUGUUUACUGUUAAGGGAGUAGAAAUGUAUUCAGUGAAUGUAAUCUCCUUCAUCCUGAGAGCCCAAAACCCCUGCACAUCAGGUGAGCUUCCUCUAAUAACUGGAGUAGAGGCAAGUAUAACCCAGAAGGCCCCAGCAUUUUUCACGAGAGCUCCACUUCAUUUUUCCUUUUCAGUGAUUUUUGUAGUACAUACUUCAUUUCAGUUGUUUUAGGGUUUCUCUUGUGUUUUAUUUGUCCCACUAGGAAAGCCUCUUUCAGAGCGUAUGAGAAGGAGAAAAAAAGAUUUUCAUUUGUUCCAAAGAAUAAAUUAUUCGACCCAGUGGAGCGAAAUUUAAAAAUGCCAGUUAAAGCCUGAAAAGGUGCAUUGGACUAUCAUGUUUCAGGGGCUAGCUGUAUCGGUGCAAAUAGGCAGAAACAAUUAAGUAAAUUAGAGGAAAAUUAAUGUUAAAAUUAUGCAGACUGUAUUUUUUAAAUCCCAAAAUUUUGUAGUUUCUACCUACCUUGGGGGAUCCUAUUUUCAAGUAUGGAAAAAAAUGUAUGAAGAAAAGUUUGUACAAAGAAGUGUUUCUUAGGCAGGUGAGAAAAGACAUCCUCUGAACCAGGGUAGACCCAGAACUGCAGAGCACCCUGUGCCAUACAGAGGUGCUCAAACUGCUGAACAGCAAUCUCUAUCCCAAGCAUUAGUGGCACAAUUUAGGCUGAGAGUUCUUUCUCAAGUAAUAAUCUUGAAAUAGCAUAAAACAUGCAAUUCUCAAAUUAUAUUAAAAGGUACAAACUAAAAAUAGGAGUUCUUUUCUUAGUAGAUCAGGAAGAAAGACUGAAUAUUGAUAGCUAAGAGAAGAAAUAGUAUUCUUGUAAGUGCUAAGAUGUGUGUGUUAACAGCCUCUAAAGGCAGGACAUGGCAUGAAGAUCAUGAAUAUUCCCAAUGCCAAGGACAGACCUGUCCAAGGACUGUGAGGUUCUACUGCUACAUGACCUUACAGGGGCUAUCGUCAUGCUCUCUGAAGGGUUGAAAGUGAAAGGAGAAAUUAUAUUGUUUAAGUCAGACAGGGAAGGAUGUAAAUACAAGUUUUUCUAGAGCUAUCUAACCUUUAUUUCAAAACUUGAAUUAUUCACCCAUCUAUAAAUGUUGAUUAUUUAACUAGCAUAUGUAGUUCAUAAGGUAAUAGAAAUGGUGAUUACGACCGCAUGUAUAUAACUGCGCAGAACCAGGAUAACGCUCGCUUGUAAGAUGUAGAUUUAGUUAGGUUAUCAGACAGUGAAUGAUUUUAAUAUUAUUAAAUUAAUUAAACUAGAAAGUUAACCACAAAGUGUAAUGUAACAAAAUAAAAUGUGGGACAUAAACGUCUAGGAUGGAUUUUGCAUAGUAAAAAAUAAGUUUGCCAUUUACAAUUGUUAUUGUUAGGUUUAGCUGAAAGUAGACAGUUAAAGAGCCGGUUCCAGUCACAGAAACUUGCUUUAAUCUACUAUAGUUAUUAUUUUUCUUACAUUCUUAUUCCUUUACCAUUUUUAAAUGUAUCAGAUAUGAAAAGAAAUUUUUAGAAUUUGUUUUGCAAACGCCACCUUGAAGAGUUUAACAGGCAAACACGUUACUGAGGACUUUAAGCUAAGAGGUGUUCAGAACGAAGUCAGGGAAAUGUAAAUGUUCUAUUACCUUAUGCAGAGACAAAGAAUGAGUAGUGCCAUUCAGUAAACAAAACACAGCUGAUUUGUGAGUCCCUCUUUCUUUUUCCAUACCUCCUGUUUCAAAAAGCAAACCAAGGAAUUAGUUAACAUUAUUCUCAUAGGUACAUGCUAAAACAAGCAUUUAUCCAUCAUUUUUGACUCUAGUGAUUAGACUAACAAUUUUUGAUAAGGCAAAUAAAAAAUCUAUGUGUAUAAACUGCUAGUUGUUAAAAAGACAGAUGCAUUCAUUCACUUGUCUCUAUGACAGGGACAGGAAAGUCUUCUGUGCUGCUUUGUAUACACAGGUUGUGAAGGACACCCUUGAACCCAUGCAGACCCAUAAAGGCAGACUCAAGUCUGCUAAAUGUCACUUGCUUAAGAACAAAUAAUAUUAUACAGAGAUAGACUGGGUACAAUUUUAAAAUACUAGGAUCAGGGGAGAUCUUGGUACUACAGUUGGGCUAGCUUUUACACUUCUGGGUAGAAUGUAUACAAUUUUCCAAUCCCAGAGAGGCCUUUGCAAGGGUAGUUCUCUCUACAGGUACAAGCAUGAAGCUGUUGUAGGCCGGGUUGGGUCAGGAAAACCUUGAGUUUGUGUGCAUAGAUAGCUUUUAACACCAUGCAGGCUGCUUAGUUCUGUUCAUUAACAAAAAGAUCUCUGUGAAAUUGUGGAAACUUCAGGCACUCAGUUCAAGUCCCUCUGAUUUUGUAGAGGUGCAAAAAUGUAGACUGUAUCACCUCCCCCCAGACAGGUGGUAUUUGGGGCAGAAGACAAUGCUUCUCUAGUUAUGAGAUGAAAAGACUUUACGUCCCAAUUUCAUGGGAGUAUUCACACGCAUUCCCUGGAGAAUACUCUUUGACAGUCAGUGUUCUGUGAUUAUUUGAGGAAUCACAGAAAAUUUCAUUUCUCUCUGGACCUUAGAGGAAGAUGACAUCCUUACCUUUUUUCUGUCCAUUGGCACAAGCAGCUCCGAUGUCUUCGCCUCUUCACUGCUCUGGUUCGGAGUGGUUCUCCCGACACUGUACCUCUCGUAAGCCAUAGUGGAUCUCUGAGGUCCCACACCCUGCUCUGUGAAGUAAUGAUUUAGCCUCUGCUCUCAAAUGCCUGACUUUUCCAUAAAAGACCCUAGCAAUGUGGACAUUAUUUGAAUUAUUUCACAAAUCAAUGACUGCACAGAGUACAUAUUAAAAUUAUGUUUUUCCAUGAGGACCACUCCUUUACUACGUCCUUCUCUGAGGGAAUGUGAGAUGAGUCAGCCCGUUGAUGAAUCUUGAAACUCACAUAUGGGCACGUGCCCUUGGUAGGUCUUAGAUUUAAUCGUUUCAUGAAAACCUUCCAUCUCCUUGAGAAGUUUUUCCAGCAUAUUAACUUAUUUACUUUAUUUAUCUUAUUUUAUUCCUGAUCAUGAGUAUUUUAUAGCUGCUGUAUUUUUUUCAUAAAUAAAGAGUCUUAUUAUCACACAGGUAAAGGCUAUUCAGCUUUGAGAACCACCUGUAAUCCUUGAUUGGUUCAUUCAUCCAUCUAAGAAAUAAAUAAUGAGUGCAAUUUUGUUGUAAUAAAAACUCGUGUUGUCUACUAGAUUGCCAUUUUUUCUCUACUUUUGCUCUUUAAGGACAUUUUUCUUUCAAGGCUCUAAUGAGUUUUACCCAUAUAAUGAGACAUGGUUAUAUUUGUACAAAUACACAAAUAUGAGAAAACAAAGUUUCAUAUCUGUAGGCAAUAGUCUAAUUUGUCCAAACCACUUUGCCUUUACUGCUAUUUUUAUCGCUGACGUGUAAAUGUUCAUCAGCCUGCAACCCUUUCAAAUAAAGGCAAACCAUAACUCCUAUGUAUGGACAUCACCUGUGCUUUGAAAGUCAUUUCCAGAUAUUUCAGUUAAUGAAGGAUUAUACUUUGACUCUAAUGUGAAAGUCAUUUUCCUGUAUAUUUCUGGAUCUCUCAGGGGCUGGGAGGGGGGAGUGAAGGGAUUACACCAUAGCACUCCAAGAACCCUUUUAGGAUUACUCCAGUAAUCAACUACAAAAGUUAUUUUCUAAAUGUAGAUAUGUACGCUGUUCUUUUCAAGUAAGGUACUUCGAAAUAUGUAGCAUAAAUUGGUACUGCUGUUAAAUGGGUCGAUUACUAAACUGAGCAGCGGUGCAAGGGCAGCUAACUUUGAAUGCACACCCCUCUAGCUGGUGUGUUUACAUCUCAUGUUGUGAGCACCAGGGACUUGCAUCACUGCAUGUCGGAACUGCAUUUUCCCACGAUAUGACUAGUUGUCCAUCUCUUUCUGGAGCACGAUUGUAACAAGAUCAAAUGAACAGAGACCAAUCUGUAAGACAAUUCAGAGCACACACAAAAAAGUCAUGUUAAAUCUUGUCUCAAACACUCAUCUCAUACACGCAUCAAAAAAAGUUGAUGGUGGUAAAUUUCAGGUAAUAAAGGGAGACACUCUACCAAAAAGACAGAGGCUUGAGGUAUUUUAUAUAUUUGUAUUCAUUUCUUUGUGUUCUUAACUUGUAAACAAAAAGUAAAUCCUCUCUCUUGUGAAGAUGCUUCCGAGGACAGAGGAGCAAAAAUACCUAGCUGGUAAGCCAUCAGUGUUCCAUUCAAAUCCCAGUGUUCAAAGUUAGCUGCCUUUUGAAAUAAACAAACAAAAAAUACUACUGUAUGUUUGAAAAUGUGAAUAGUAUUUUUAUAGCUUGUUAAAGACAUGGCUAGUUGCAUUUGUAAAUAAUGUUGCUUUGAUUUUCUUUUGUGGACAUCUUUAUUUGGAACAUAAUUGUCUUUAGGGUUGAUUUGUAUAUAAGAAAUUGGCUUGUGAUUGUUUUUUUGGGUUGGCAGUUAUAAUUUUGACAUUACUUGUGAUUCUGUGUUCAGCACUAUUGUGAUGUGUUCAACCUCUGCACUCGCUUACACAAUAGGAUAUAACAAUUGUGUGUUGUGUAAUGUUAUUUUGAUUUUUUCCUUUUUUAUCUAUGAAGGAUUAUGCACUUAACACACACUAACUUUUUUAACGUUAGGUAUAUUUUUAGUAUAAUUUCCCUUAUUCUUUCUUUCUUCUCUGACCCUUCUUCACCCUGUUCUUUUUUCCUUCCCUUGAUUUCUGUUGUUAUUUUAAAAUGAGAGACAAAAAUAUUUUAAAUUUCUGUAAUUAGGCCUUUCAGUUAGUUCUCAAGGAUCCUCUCUUGGCUCUUGGGAAAGAAUUGUACCUGUACAAGGCAAUUAUAGAAUGCGACCUGCUUUGCCUCAUUCCAUACUGAUCAUCCCAGCUGAACAAUUUGAAAACUGUUCUGCUUUUUUGUUACAUGAAUCUGU